UUUGAUGGUAAAAAUAAGAGCAAGGUGACUGACCCAAGUUCUUAGAUCUAAGCUCCACACUAUUCAAACCCCUUUCUCCUUCAUUUCUCUUCCCAUUUUGGAUCUGAACUUGUUCUUCUUCCCUCUUCUCUCCACGCAUGCAUUAGCCCUAACCUCAUCUCAGAGGAGAUCGCUAGUUUCCAUUGGAGAAGAUGCUGACUAAGUUCGAGACGAAGAGUAACAGAGUGAAGGGCCUCAGCUUCCACCCCAAGAGGCCAUGGAUCCUCGCCAGUCUUCACAGUGGAGUUAUCCAGCUAUGGGAUUACCGCAUGGGAACCCUAAUUGACAAGUUCGACGAGCACGAUGGUCCUGUUCGAGGGGUUCAUUUCCACUACUCUCAGCCUCUAUUCGUUUCCGGAGGUGAUGAUUACAAGAUUAAGGUUUGGAACUACAAGCUGCAUAGGUGUUUGUUCACUCUUCUAGGACACCUUGAUUAUAUUCGUACGGUGCAAUUUCAUCAUGAGAACCCAUGGAUUGUGAGUGCGAGUGAUGAUCAGACCAUUCGCGUUUGGAACUGGCAGUCACGUACCUGUAUAUCUGUUUUAACUGGCCAUAAUCAUUAUGUUAUGUGUGCCUUGUUCCAUCCAAAGGAGGACCUUGUUGUGUCGGCCUCUCUGGAUCAGACUGUUCGUGUUUGGGAUAUUUCUUCUCUCAAGAGAAAAAAUGCGUCUCCUGCGGAUGACCUACUGCGGCUGAGUCAGAUGAACACAGAUCUUUUUGGCGGUAUUGAUGCAGUUGUUAAGUAUGUGUUGGAAGGUCAUGACCGGGGAGUCAAUUGGGCUUCAUUUCAUCCUACACUGCCUCUUAUUGUUUCGGGAGCAGAUGAUCGGCAAGUAAAGCUUUGGAGGAUGAAUGACACAAAGGCAUGGGAAGUGGACACUUUGAGAGGACACAUGAAUAAUGUUUCGUGUGUAAUGUUCCAUGCAAAACAGGAUAUUAUAGUCUCAAAUUCUGAAGAUAAAAGUAUUCGUAUAUGGGAUGCAACAAAGCGAACUGGAAUUCAAACAUUCCGCCGAGAGCAUGAUCGGUUUUGGAUUCUUGCAGCCCAUCCUGAAAUGAACCUGUUGGCAGCUGGUCAUGACAGCGGCAUGAUUGUUUUCAAGCUGGAGAGAGAAAGGCCAGCAUUUGUAGUCAGUGGGGAUACGUUGUUCUACACAAAAGAACGGUUCUUGUGUUCUUAUGAAUUCUCCACUCAAAGAGACACACAAAUCCUUCCAUUUCGAAGACCAGGCUCCCUAAGCUUGAAUCAAAGUCCUAAGACUCUUUCCUACAGCCCAACUGACAAUGCAUUUCUUCUGUGUUCAGAUGUGGAUGGUGGAUCUUAUGAAUUAUAUUGCAUAACAAAGGACAGCUAUGGUAGGGGUGAUUUGCAGGAUGCUAAAAAAGGUCAUGGAGGAUCAGCAGUCUUUGUGUCCCGGAAUCGGUUUGCCGUGCUUGAGAAGAGCAACAAUCAAGUCCUUGUAAAAAAUUCGAAGAAUGAGACUGUUAAAAAAAGUGCCCUUCCAAUUGCCACUGAUGCAAUAUUCUAUGCAGGGACUGGGAACGUACUGUGUAGAUCAGAGGAUAGGGUUGUAAUAUUUGAUCUUCAGCAGAGGAUUGUUCUUGGUGAACUUCAGACCCCUUUCAUCAAAUAUGUUGUCUGGUCCAAUGACAUGGAACAUGUUGCUUUGCUCAGCAAACAUGCCAUUAUAAUUGCCAGCAAGAAACUUGUGCACCAAUGUACUCUCCACGAGACAAUCCGUGUAAAAAGUGGAGCCUGGGAUGAUAAUGGAGUUUUCAUUUAUACAACACUGAACCACAUUAAAUACUGUCUUCCCAAUGGAGAUAGUGGGAUAAUAAAAACACUGGACAUUCCAAUUUAUAUCACAAAGGUUUCUGGAAACACAAUCUUUUGCUUGGAUCGUGAUGGAAAAAGCAGAGCAAUAAUUAUUGAUGCAACCGAGUAUAUUUUUAAGCUUUCCCUCUUGAAGAAGAGAUAUGAUCAUGUCAUGAACAUGAUAAGGAACUCACAGCUCUGUGGACAAGCUGUGAUUGCUUAUCUCCAACAGAAGGGCUUUCCCGAGGUUGCACUCCAUUUUGUGAAAGAUGAGAGGAUUCGUUUCAAUUUGGCUUUAGAGAGUGGGAACAUUCAAACUGCAGUUGCAUCAGCUACAGCAAUUGAUGAGAAAGAUCACUGGUAUCGUUUGGGGGUUGAGGCUCUUCGCCAAGGCAAUGCUGGCAUAGUGGAGUAUGCUUACCAGAGGACAAAAAAUUUUGAGCGAUUAUCUUUCUUGUAUCUUGUCACUGGUAACUUGGAGAAACUUUCAAAGAUGUUGAAAAUAGCUGAAGUUAAGAAUGAUGUGAUGGGCCAGUUUCACAAUGCUUUAUAUUUGGGUGAUGUUCGAGAACGUGUUAAGAUCUUGGAGAAUGUAGGCCAUUUGCCCCUUGCUUACAUCACUGCAUCAGUCCAUGGCCUGCAUGAUGUUGCUGAGCGGCUUGAAGCUGAACUGGGAGAUGAUGUUCCAUCUUUGCCGGAGGGAAAAGUUCCAUCUCUCUUGAUGCCGCCAUCACCUGUCAUAUGUGGAAGUGAUUGGCCCCUCCUUAGGGUCAUGCGAGGCAUGUUUGAUGGUGCAUUUGACAAUGCAGGUAGGGGAGUUGCCGAUGAAGAAGAGUAUGAAGCUGCUGAUGCAGAUUGGGGCGAGGAGCUUGACAUUGUUGAUGUGGAUGGCAUACAAAAUGGAGAUGUUGCUGCUAUCCUGGAGGAUGGAGAAGUAGCUGAAGAAAAUGAUGAAGAAGGUGGAUGGGAGAUGGAAGAUUUAGGUCUGGGCCCUGAAGAGGACACCCCAAGAGCUGCUAAUAGCACUUCUUCAGUUUUUGUGACUCCGACACCUGGUAUGCCAGUAAGCCAGAUAUGGAUUCAGAAAUCAUCUCUUGCUGCUGAUCACGCAGCUGCUGGAAAUUUUGAGACUGCAAUGAGGUUAUUGAACCGGCAGCUUGGAAUAAGAAAUUUUACCCCCUUGAGAUCUAUGUUUAUUGAUCUCCAUAGUGGCAGUCAUUCGUAUCUGCGUGCAUUUUCUUCUGCUCCAGUCAUAUCACUUGCUAUUGAAAGAGGCUGGACUGAAUCAUCCAGUGCUAAUGUGAGGGGCUCACCAGCACUGCCUUUCAAAUUCUCUCAACUUGAUGAAAAGCUUAGAGCUGGUUAUAAGUUAACUACUGCUGGAAAAUUCACCGAGGCUCUUCGGACAUUUGUUAACAUUCUUCAUACAAUUCCUUUAGUGGUCGUUGAGUCAAGGAGGGAAGUGGAUGAGGUGAAGGAACUGAUUAUCAUAGUCAAAGAAUAUGUUUUGGGUCUGCAGAUGGAACUGAAGAGGAGGGAAAUCAAGGACAAUCCGGCAAGACAGCAGGAACUCGCAGCUUAUUUCACUCACUGCAACCUUCAGACACCUCACUUGAGGUUAGCCUUGCAGAAUGCCAUGACCGUCUGUGUCAAGGCAAAGAACCUUGCAACAGCUUAUAACUUUGCCAGGAGGCUACUUGAAACAAAUCCCACUGUUGAAAGCCAAGCAAAGGCAGCAAGGCAAGUGAUUGCAGUUGCAGAAAGAAGUAUGACUGAUGCAACAGAGUUGAACUAUGAUUUCAGAAACCCAUUCGUAAUUUGCGGUGCAACCUAUGUGCCAAUCUAUCGCGGACAGAAGGAUGUCUCUUGCCCAUAUUGUACUUCCCGAUUUGUGCCAAGCCAGAAGGGGGAGCUGUGUACUGUUUGUGAUCUUGCGGUGGUAGGGGAAGAUGCUUCUGGACUGCUUUGUUCGCCUUCCCAGAUACGUUGAUUGAGCUGUAUGACCAGGAACAUUUUUCUCAAAUCUCGUUUCAGGUAAAUUUACAGCACUAGAUAGGCCCUCUUUAAUAGAUCUAUAUUUCUCAUGGCACUGUUGUAGAAGCUAGAAAUUGUCAGGAGGAAUUAAUUCACUUUUUUGCAUUCCCUUGUGCUUAGUUUAGUUGCCAGUUAUUUUCAUUGUAAUAAAUACAUUUCGUAUCCUGAGGGGUGGUUUUAAGUUUUUCAUACACAAGUGAAAGGUUGUACUUAGAUUAAGACUUGCAAUUUGUAGUUCUAUCUUGUAAGGUGGGUACAUAUUAAUUUGCGCUUUGGGGUUCACUAAGAAAAAAGAAAUGUUGUUACCACUUCGUUUGA